ACAAUGACAGUACCAGCAUCGAUUGUUCGUUUUAUGGGUACUACAGCAAUUAUUGGAUUUCGGCAACAAACGAGAGGCAUGACUAUGAUUACACCAAAGAAGCCUCCAGAUCUUUCCUUCAAACCUGCAACGCAAGUAAAAACUGUUUCGGAGAAGAGUCUUCAAAGUUCUCUCACUGAUGAAGAAAGUCAAACUAAUUUAGAGAUAAUUCAAAAUUUUGAUGACAAAUGUCAAAUUGAGAACACACGAGAAGUAGCAACAAUUUCAUCGGCUAUUAUUGCAGAGGCGCGAAGAUUAAAAUCUGAAACUGGAAAAGCAACAUACCGGAAAAUUGAAUACACAGAAGGAGAGCUUGAUCAUACUGACCUCACUGAACCAGCGUCUCCAUCGAAUCCUCACCCAUUUGAUCCCUCAGAACUUCCUCCAGUUCAUUCGCAUUCCAUUGUUCCAUUUGUAAAUCACUCGCCGCUUCUUCGAUUUUUAGUUGAUAUUGGUGUAGACCUUGCUGAAAUUGAAAACACGACAACUGUUGGAAAGCAUCUACUACGGUUGCAAAUAGAAGACGUUCGACAGAAAAUUGAAUUGAUGCAAAACGAAAUAGGGUUUGAAAAUGAAGCGAUUGGUCCAUAUUUAACAAGAAAUCCGUUCUUUUUAAUUCAAGAUGUGAAUGAUAUGCAAACAAGGCUCAAUUAUUUAGAGCUUAAGAAAUUCACAAAGUCUGAAAGACUAAAGAUCGUUGAUGAAUAUAGAUAUUGGUUGAAUUGCAAUGUUCAGUUGAUUGAUUCACGAUUGGGAUGGUUACAGCAACAGUUCAAGUUAUCAGCAAAAGCGACUAGAGAAAUUAUCGUCAAGGAACCUCGAAUUAUAAUGUUUGGAACUGGACCAAUUGAACGACUUGUUAAGAUGUUUAACAAAGAACUCAACUUCACUACAAAUCAACUAAAAAUGUUAGUCAUGGAGGAUCCAAGAAUUUUUAUGAUGGAUUCUAAAUUGGUAUCGAAGACCUACAAAUACGUUCGCGACGUCAUGAAAAUCAACAAUGAAACUAUUCUGGAGCAUCCAUUCAUUCUUCGAUGCUCAUUAAGCGUCAUAAAGUCAAGACAUGACUUCCUUAAACGCCUCGGACGAGCAAAUUAUCAGUUGGCCGAAAAAAAAGAAUCGAAAAUUGAUAUUUCUGAAGUUACCGAUCCAGAAGGAUCUUCAAAAGAAAGCUGUGAUCUUGUUAGCCUUGAACAUUUUUUACAUCCUUCUGAUGCUGGUUUUGCGAUGCUUGCGGCUAAAACAUAUCCAGUAGCAUUUGAUAAAUUCCUGAGAAAUUCAUAGUUUAGUUAUCCUGUUUUUGUUGUUGUUUUUUUUCUGUUAUUUAGAGCCCUCCCAUGGAACUUCAUAUUAGCGGGUUGUUGAUUUAAUUUCAUUACUUUCAUAUUUACACAUUUAUAUUAUUUAAAAUACACAUUAGGAUUUCAAGCAGGGGUGUGCGGCAAAUUUGCCGAAUUUGCCGUUUGCCGAGCUCGGCAAAUUUCAAAAAAGUAGAUUUGUCGAAUUUGCCGAGCUCGGCAAAUUUCGAAAUUUGCCGCACACGUCAAAAAUUUUACAGUACAAUUUUGAUUGAUUUUUCGCCAAAAAUUUAGUAAAAUGACACAAAAUUGAGUUAGUUUUAUGCUUAAGCAGACAUACUACACGGGACUAAUUCAGAAACCAGAUGUGUGUUAAGAAUUCGGUAGUUUUGGUGUUCCAAAAAACAUCAAAAAUUAUCAAAAUUUUCCGAGUUUGUUAAGCACGGCAAAUUUGCCGAAUUUGCCGUGCUUGGCAAAUAUUGAAAAAAGAGAUUGCCGAAUUUGCCGAGCUCGGCAAUUUUUGAGAUUUGCCGCACACCCCUGAUUUCAAGCAUAUAUAGUUCAAAAUAAA